CAGUCUGAUAAUAAAAUAUUUCACAAUAGCGAUUAAAACGAUCAGAACAGUGAUCAAUUUUAGCAACAAUGUGUCAGUGAUAAAGUGUUGUAAAAAUGUCGAAAACCAGUGGUCUCGUUGUGGGGGACCACAUUUGGAUCCAACCCGUGACAAAUGGCGAGUUUGAUAUUUUAAUCGGUGGCAAAAUAACAGCAAUUGAAGAACGCCGAAUCCGAGUCAAAGAUGACGACGGAAAUGACAUCUCCAUCUCCCACCAACAAGUUGUCAAAAACAUGCACAUAUCCUCCGUAGAGGGCGUGGAGGAUAUGAUCAAUCUGGGGGAUUUACAGGACUAUGCCAUACUGAGAAACUUGCAUAAACGCUACAGGAGCAGAAACAUAUACACUUACAUCGGCUCGAUGUUGGUAGCAAUUAACCCUUACGAAGUGCUACCAAUUUACACAAACGCCCUAAUUAAGGAGUACCAAAACAAGAAAUUAAAUGAGCUACCGCCUCAUAUUUUCGCCAUUGGAGAUAACAGUUACAUUGAUAUGAAAACAAGCAGAAAAGACCAGUGUGUAGUCAUUAGUGGGGAAUCGGGGGCUGGGAAAACCGAAAGCACGAAAUUGAUUCUUCAGUAUUUGGCCUCCACCAGUGGUCAACACUCUUGGAUCGAGCAACAAAUCCUCGAAGCAAACCCAAUUAUGGAGGCUUUCGGUAACGCCAAAACGGUCCGAAAUGACAACUCCUCGCGCUUUGGCAAAUACAUCGACAUUCAUUUCAACAAAUCUGGAAACAUCGAGGGGGCCCGAAUCGAGCAAUACCUCCUCGAGAAAAGCCGAAUUGUCUCGCAAAAUGACGGCGAACGCAACUACCACAUUUUUUACAGCAUGUUGGCAGGCCUGAGCAAAGAAGAGAAGAAACGUUUUGAUUUAGGCGAACCUGACAAUUAUUUGUACCUCAAAGGGGGUCGAACUUUGACGUGUCAGGGACGGAAUGAGGCCAACGAAUUCACCGACAUUCGAGGGGCCAUGAAAGUCCUGAAUUUCACAGAUAAGGAAGCCAAUGAUAUUUUUCAGUUGUUGGCGGCGAUCCUCCAUUUGGGGAAUCUGAAAUUCAAGGCGGGGACGGCGUCGAAUACUGAAUCCUCGGAAAUUCAGGACGUUUCAGGUGCUGAUAAAAUCGCAAGACUUUUGGGGAGUAAUAAGUUUGAUUUGGGGGAAGCCCUCACCAAAAAAACCAUCUAUGCACAUGGUGAUAAGGUUAUUUCGACUCUAUCACAAGAACAAGCAUCUGAAUCGAGACAUGCCUUUGUUAAAGGCAUCUACGGGAAGCUUUUUAUCAUGAUUAUUGAGAAAAUCAACAAUGCGAUUUAUCAGCCCAAAGGGAGUUCCAAAACCUCAAUUGGAGUUUUGGACAUUUUCGGGUUCGAGAAUUUCGCUGUUAACAGUUUCGAGCAGUUGUGUAUCAACUACGCCAAUGAGAAUUUGCAACAAUUCUUCGUGCAACACAUUUUCAAACUUGAGCAAGAGUAUUACACCAAGGAGGGCAUAAAUUGGAAAAAUAUCGCAUUUAUUGACAAUCAAGACGUUCUCGAUUUAAUUGGGAUGAAACCGAUGAAUUUGAUGUCGUUGAUCGACGAAGAGUCGAAGUUCCCCAAAGGGACCGAUUUUACCAUGUUGGCAAAACUGCACAACACGCACUCGGCGAAGAGGAAUUAUUUGAAGCCCAAGUCCGAUGUUACGCCUGCUUUUGGGGUCCAGCAUUUUGCGGGGGCUGUUUAUUAUGAUGUUCCCGGGUUUUUGGAGAAGAAUCGCGACUCGUUUAGUCAAGAUUUGAAGCAGUUGAUUCAAGAGUCGAACAAUGAACUUCUGAAGCAGAUUUUUGCCGAGGAUUUUCAACAAGAAAGUCACACGAAAAGGAGUGUUACGCUGGCGUCGCAGUUUAGGAGUUCGCUUGAUGUUUUGAUGAAAACUUUGAAUUUGUGUCAUCCGUAUUUUGUGAGGUGUAUCAAGCCCAACGAAGAGAAAAAACCGCAGGUGUUUGACAGGUCGCUAUGUUGCCGCCAAUUGCGCUACUCCGGAAUGAUGGAAACGGCGAAAAUCCGCCAAGCUGGUUACCCCAUUCGCUACACCUACAAAGACUUCGUCGACCGUUUCCGCCACUUGGGCAAAGCAAUCCCUCCGAGUUCAAAAGGCGAUUGCAAACAAUCAACGAAGAAAAUCUGCGAAACGGUCUUCCAGAACAACGAAGACUACCAAAUGGGCACCACCAAACUCUUCCUCAAAGCCCACGACCACGAAUUUCUGGAACAAGAACGAAGCAGAAUCCUAUCAAAGUACAUCCUCGUGUUGCAGAAAGCCAUCCGGGGCUGGAUUUUCAAAAGACGUUUCCGGAAACUGCGAGAAGCCGCCAUCGUUUUCCAGAAAUACUGGCGAGCGAGGGGGUACCGCACCAAAUUCCUCGUUAUCAGAAACGGUUAUCAGAGACUACAAGCCUCGAUUCGCUCAAGACAACUCACACAUUCCUUCGCACAGAUUCGGAAGAAAAUCGUCAAUUUGCAAGCGGUAGCAAGGGGGUACUUCGUCAGGAAUAAAUCACAAUUUGGCAGAAUUUAUGCUAUUGUCAAACAGAGAAAAGUCGACGAGCAAAAUAUGAAAAAUGCAGGCAACAAGAAUUACAGAAUUGAGGCUGAAACAAAAAUGCAGAAAAGCUUGGCCGAACUCAAUAGAGAGUACACCUUGAAGUUGAAACAACAGGAAGAAGAAGAAAGCAAAGCGAAGAAGUUGGUCGAUGAUGUGUUUGAGUUUCUCCAAGAUCCGAAUCUUCCUGCCACACCGACGGACAUUAGGAAGGAAAAUGAAGCGUUUAUUGAGUUGCUCAAGGACGAAAAAUCGGGCAAAAACGACAAAACCUACGACGAGGAGGACGACGAUUUGUCGGCUUAUAACUUUGCAAAAUUCGCAGCGACUUAUUUCAUGAAACACACUAAUCACUACUCCAAACGCCCCCUCAAAGAAUCUUUACUUGAUUUACCAACACCGGACGAUAUAAUCGCCGCGCAAGCUCUCUGGAUCACCAUUCUGAGAUUCAUGGGGGAUUUACCCGAACCCAGAUUUGAAAAUCCAAUCAAAACUAACGAAUCAGUCAUGACUCAAGUAUCACAGACGUUGAGUCGCAGUUUCACAAACCGGAAAGAGUAUCAGGAGAUUUUGAAAGAUGAGCGAAAAAUGGCAAGUUUGACCAAAUCAGAACGGCAAAAACUCGUAAGUAUGACUUUGCGACGCAAGAACAAGUUAUUGGAGGACGUCCGUCAAGGUCUAGUUGAAGACAACUUUGCUGCAGAAAGUUACAACGACUGGUUAAACAAUCGCAGAACUACGAAUUUAGAAAAGUUGCACUUCAUAAUCGGGCAUGGGAUUUUGCGACCAGAAUUACGUGAUGAAAUCUUAUGCCAAAUUUGCAAACAACUGACCAACAACCCGUCGAAACCCUCGCAUGCCCGCGGCUGGAUCCUCCUAAGUCUCUGCAUCGGUUGUUUCCCCCCUUCCGACCGCUUCAUCAACUACCUCCGUGCCUUCAUCCGAAGCGGCCCCCCCGGCUACGCCCCUUACUGCGAGGGUCGCUUGAACCGCACCUUCAAAAACGGGCCUCGCACACAGCCCCCAAGUUGGCUCGAACUCAUGGCUACGCGAAACAAGAACCCAAUUUCGCUCAAAAUCACCUUCAUGGACAACAGCGAGCAAGAAGUUGAGGUCGAUUCAGCCACAACAUCUGAAGAAAUCUGCAAGGAAAUUUCAACGAAACGAAACUUGAAGGACGUUUUUGGUUUCUCGUUGUUUAUCACACUGUUUGAUAAAGUCAUGUCUUUGGGGAGUGAGUCUGAUCAUGUCAUGGAUGCGAUUUCACAAUGUGAACAAUACGCCAAAGAGAAAGGACAAUCGGAACGAAACGCCCCCUGGAAGCUCUUCUUCCGGAAGGAGAUUUUCACGCCUUGGCACAACGCAGGCGAGGAUUCAGUCGCGACCAAUUUAAUCUACCACCAAGUGAUUCGGGGGCUGAAAUUCGGGGAAUACCGCUGUAGUGUCGAAGGCGACGUUGCCACACUAGCAGCAACGCAAUAUUACGUCGAUAAUGGGCCCCAAAUCAACCCGGAAAUCUUACAUACGAGAAUCGGGGAAUACAUGCCGACGUAUCUGGUCAAAAAGGGGCAAAAAAACCUCGACGAGUGGGAAAAACGAAUCAAAGAAGCCUUCUCUAAACUAGUUUGUGUCAAAAACAAACUACCAGCACUUAAAGCACAAGAAUUCAUAGUCAAAUAUGCGAAAACCACAUGGCCGAUUCUCUUCUCAAAAUUCUACGAGGUGUUGCAAACUGGGGGGCCCCAACUCCCGACCAAGACCAUGAUCAUCGCUGUUAAUUGGACGGGGAUUUACAUGAUCGACGACCAAGAGCAAAUCCUCCUCGAACUCACUUUCAGCGACGUGAAUUCCGUCAGUUUUGAACAAAUUUCGCGCUCACAUUUGCAUAAAUUCGUCUUGACGACUGUGCGAAACGAAGAGUACGUUUUUGUGAGUCCUGACGCUGCAAACAUUUGUACUCUCAUUCAGUAUCUUCUCGAUGGUUUGAAGAAACGUUCGACUUAUGUUGUGGUGAUCCAGGAUUACAAACACCAGACGAAUGCACCGUCGUUUUUGGCCCUCAAAAAGGGGGAUUUAAUCGCGCUCAAAAACGGGCUCAAUGGGGAGGCGCUGAUGUCGGCGACGUGGGGCUACGGGGAGUGCAACAACUCCGUCGGGGACUUCCCCACAGAGCAUGUUUACAUCCUGCCAACCAUCACCAAGCCCCCUGAGGAUAUUUUAACCGCGUUCAAGAAAGAGGGCGUUUUUGGGGCGAGGAAACCCUCAGCGCCGGUCUUGAACACGAUGCAAAGACUGAAACUUUACACUUUGGCACAUUAUGCCAAUGAGCAUUUUCGAAGUGGGAAAAAAAUCGCAAGUGGGAAACCCUCGGUUUUGACAGCGGUUCGAAGAGCCUCCCGUGAGGAGCUCUGGAAGUACACCAAUGAACCCAUCUACCAACCCCAUCUCGCGAAAUUGCUACCCAACGAGGAGCUGAGUAAAGAAGCAUGUUCGGCGUUUACAGCAAUCUUGAAAUACAUGGGGGAUUUACCCGCCCCCAAAGCCAAAUACAGUAAUGAGUACACCGAUCAGAUUUUCUCAAGUUGUCUCAAACACGAAAUCCUCAAAGACGAGGUUUACUGCCAGAUUAUGCGCCAAUUGACUUUCAACCGACUGUCUUUGAGUGAAGAACGCGGUUGGGAGUUGAUGUAUUUAGCCACUGGACUUUUCAUCCCAAGUGCUUCACUCAUGUCAGAGUUGCAGAAGUUUUUGACUUCGAGGACUCACCCCUUCGUGGAGCCGUGCUUGAAACGGUUGCAAAGAAGCCAAAAAGUGGGGCCCCGCAAAUACCCGCCUUAUUCAGUGGAAGUUGAAGCGAUCCAACACCGAAGUAUGGAAAUCUACCACAAGAUUUACUUCCCCGAUGACACGGAUGAAGCCUUCGAGGUGGACUCGGUAACGCGGGCUUGUGACCUCUCCAAGACGAUUUCAACCCGUCUCGAGUUGGAAUACACAGAAGGUUUUAGUUUGUUUGUCAUGAUUUCGGAUAAAGUGUUUUCGAUCCCUGAAGACUACUUCUUCUACGAUUUUCUUCACGAGUUGAUCACGUGGAUGCGUCAGACGAAGCCGAGCUGGAACAGUGCAGCCCCCAUUCAAGCCCAGUAUCAGGUCUUCUUCAUGAAGAAGCUUUGGAUUCAUGCGGUGCCGGGGAAGGACCCCAAUGCCGACCAAAUCUUCCAUUUCCACCAAGAGCUCCCCAAGUUUUUGCGCGGUUUCCACAAAUGCACCAAACAGGAUGCGAUUAAACUCGCCGCUCUUGUGCUUCACACAAGAGUUGAUAACGACUACGCGCAAGCUCAAGUCGCCGUGCAACAUGUCAAGGAGCUCAUCCCCGGGGAUUUGGUCAAGGCUGCGGGCUCCUCGGAGUGGAAAAAGAGCAUUUUGAGCGAGUUCAAAAAACUCGGGGAUGUUAGUGUCGAGGAGGCGAAGCUGCGAUUCUUGAAAACCAUCUACGAAUGGCCCACUUUUGGGUCCACUUUCUUUGAAGUGAAACAAACCACCGAUCCGACGUUACCAGAUGUUAUUUUGAUUGGGAUUAACAAGCAAGGAGUGAAUAUUUUGCAUCCACAAACAAAGGAUAUUUUAGCUGUGCACGAAUUCUCAGAGUUGAGUAAUUGGUCCUCAGGGAACACUUUCUUCCAUCUUACCAUUGGGAACAUAAUGAGGAAAACGAAGCUCUUGUGCGAGACGUCGCAAGGCUACAAAAUGGAUGAUUUAAUCACUUCCUACACCGACUACAUCAAAAACACGGCCAAGAAGGAGCAGGAAAAGGAAAAAUUCUUUUUGUAGAUACAGACUAAAUAUAUUUUAGAAAAUUAAAUGAGUGAAUUGUUGGUUGCAUACCCUACAAAUUUAAUUACUUUGUUGAUUUCAUUUUAAUUGUUAAUUUGUAA